AUCCCCCCAUUCCGCCCCGCGAGCCUCAACGAGCUUGCCAGUACUACCACCACAGACUCAACUCCCAGCCACACUGGCGGUGCGUUGCCGUCUCGUUCUCCGCUAACUCAUACAAAAAAGUGUUCUUACGGUGGAUAUUUAAAGCAUGGGAAAGCAUUACGUGGGCUGGACCGUUUCCGUACCUGACAGAGUCUGACUCAGUCCUUCUUUUUAUUAAUCUGUCCUCGUUACUGUUGUACGGAUGAGGUCUCAGUGACUGACUAUUCGACUUCUCUCGUGUGAUCAAGAUCUCAGUUUCUCGUGUGGUAGCAUAUCGAACUCAAGGCUAUUUGUGAUACAAUGGGGUGCUGCACUGGACGUUGUACUCUGAUCUUCAUCUGUACUUUCCAACUGAUGCUAGCUUUGGAGAGGCAGGUGUUCGACUUCUUGGGCUACCAGUGGGCUCCUAUACUGGCCAACUUCUUCCACAUCAUCGUGGUCAUCUUGGGCCUCUUUGGAACAAUCCAGUACAGGCCACGCUACAUUGUGGUGUACACCAUUUGGACAGCCGUGUGGGUGGCAUGGAAUGUCUUUAUUAUCUGCUUCUAUCUGGAGGUGGGAGAUCUGUCCAAGGACAGUGACCUGUUGACCUUCAACAUCUCGGCGCACCACUCGUGGUGGCGUGAGCACGGCCCCGGGUGCAUGCGGCGGGAGAUCCCCCCGGGCGGCAUGGACACCCAGUCCUACGUGUCGGUGGCCGGCUGUCUGCUGGAGUACCAGUACAUCGAGGUGCUGCACAGCGGCUGCCAGAUACUUAUCUCGCUCCUGGGGUUCGUGUACGCCUGUUACGUAGUGAGUGCCAUCACGGAGGAGGAGGACAGCUUUGAUUUUAUUGGUGGAUUUGACCCAUUCCCACUCUACCAUGUCAAUGAGAAACCAUCUCACCUUCUCUUAAAGCCCAUGUACUUGUCUACGUAAGUGAAGGUCUGCGCUGGGAUGGACGGGUGGGCGAUGGAGGCUCUGGAGUCCAGACUCUCCUCUCUCCCUCCCUGGGCCUCCGCCGCCCCACAUGCCAGGCCACCGACUCCGCCACUUCCUCCCUCUGAUGUUAUCGGACCUGAUCUGAUGGGGUCGGAUCUGAUCGUCUCUCUGCUUCUUGCUAUCUCAAACGCGCCGCUCUGCGGUGCGCUGUCCAGUAAUUACCAUGCUUCUCAUGCUCUGCUGUCAGGGGGAUUGGGGAAUGA